CCGCUUUCUCCCGGUCGUGAGAGAGCUCAGGGUUGCAGCAUUGCAUUCGCCGUUUUCUUUUAGUUGAUAUAUUAAAAGAUCCAUUGGGAAAAAAAUCUUUAAUUUUUUUCAUUCCCGUUUCAAGUAUAGCCGAGGCCAGUUGCAUGCAUUGUUCGCCUCCAAAAAUGGUUUGCGAGACAAAAAUUGUAGCCGAUGAACAUGACACCAUACCUGGGACCAAAAAAGAUUCAAUUAUUCUUUCCUCUUCUCAAAUAUGGACUUCUUCGUCGCCAUCCCCAAACACAGUAGAGGGGAAAGAUGUGAAAAGUGAUACAGUAUUCAUCCGUGAAUUUCAGCGCUCGGACCAUGUGGAGGUCCGUCGCAUCUUCUGUGAAGGGAUAAUGGAGCGAAUCCCCAAUACAGCAUUUCGGGGGCUUAAACAUCAAACUCAAACGCAAUUCCUGUAUGCUUUUCUGACACUAAUGUGCUUUCUUGUGACCAAAUCCUUCACGCUGACCUGCGGCGUGCCGUUCAUUCUAUUGGGUGCGCGGUAUUACUUCAGUAGGAAAGUUAUCCUCGCCUAUCUCGAUUGCGUUCUUCACACGGACAUGGCUGACAUCGAAGAGUAUUACAUAAAACCCACAGGCUCCAGCUUCUGGGUGGCGGUGCUGGAUGGCAGCGUGGUGGGAAUGGUGGCGGCGCAGGGCCGGGAGGAGGACAACACGGUGGAGCUGCGUCGCAUGUCGGUGGACUCGCGCUUCCGAGGGAAGGGCAUCGCCAAGGCACUGGGCCGCCGCGUGCUGGAGUUCGCCGUGCACAACAGCUACUCGGCCGUGGUACUGGGCACGACCGCCGUGAAGCCGGCCGCCCACAAGCUGUACGAGUCGCUGGGCUUCCGGCACGCCGGCGAGAGCGAGGAGCACACGCUGCCCGGCAUGAGCCACUCGCUGCUGGAGAGGAUGUUCUUCCAGAUCCGCUACCAUCGCUACCGGCUGCAGCUGCGUGAGGAGUAGAUCUUCAGCCAGCGAGCUGAGGCCUGCCCCCUCCACUGCGCCUCAUCACUAUAUUACUACUACUAUCAGUCAUACUAAGUAACCAGCGUUUUAUUGAUUUUUUUUUUCUUUUUGUUUGACUUCCUCAGAUUUUAUUUUCUAUUUACUAGUUCUUUGUUGUUUACAUAACUGCAGAAUCUGUCCCAUCGAUCUCACCUUUCCCCAAGCCUCUCCAUCCCGAGCAACAUGUGAGAUAAUUGUUUCUUGGAGGCAACCCCUCCCAUCACCCUCCACCCCCCCACCCCCACCCCCUACUCUCCUGAUGACCCCUCCCUGCAGUUCCACCAUCGUCAGACCCCCGUGGAGGGAUCAGUGGGUGGGGCCUGUGGGUUUCAGAGGUGGGCCACACCCCCACUCUGGUCGAUGUCGGGGGCACACCCAGCCCCCCCCCCCCCCCAUCGCUGUCAGACACGCACUAAUCUUGUUCUCACUCCUUUCUGAGCCGUUUGCCGAAAGUGACAACUCAAGCACAGCAGUAUAUUCUCUCCGUGUUUGCAAACAACGAGGGGAGAGUACAUCUCGCACAGAGCGACACCCGUGCCUCCCACCUCUUCGUCCGCCCCUCCUCCUCUUCCUCUUCUUCAAAGGCUGAGAGACUCCACCCCUCCCCCGCAGGCUGGAGCGCUCUGGUGCUGUGCCGAGGCGCCGGAUCCGGGAAGUGCAUCCGCGGUGGGAGGUGAAGAUGGCACUGGCACGUGUCACUCUGACAAUCGAUGAUGGAGCCCCCCUACCCCCGCCCCUUCCCUCCACAACAUGGCCAGACACACGAGGGACGAGGGUGACUGCGUGCGUGCAUGUGUGUGUGUGCGUGUGUACAUGUGUGUGUGCAUGACUGCCUCUGUGUGUGUGGGGGGGGAGGGGACUGACACAAACACAAUGAAACAUUAACAAACAUAAAGAGCAAACUGAUCAAUGUGAAAAUGGAAGGCUUGUUAUUUAUUUAAUUUAAACUUUUCUUUUGUGCACAAGUGUGUACGUACAUAGAUUUGGGUAUGCAUGUACACACAUAUGCAUGGCUCAUUAAGAAAUUAAUGGAAAUUAAUUCAUUUUUAAUCUAAUCGACUGAUUAUUUGUACCAUAAGGAACUGACUCAAUGUUGGUUCUAAUAUUAAAAGUUUUCUUGUGGAACUUUCUGGAUAUGCUGCAGCACUAUGCCAUUGUAAGAAGCAUGCUUUAAUAACAGGUAACUUCUCUUUAAAAAGCUACCAGAGAAGGGACGUGGUCACACUGUUAAUGGCUGUUUGUCACUGACAUUUAGAUUGCAAAACACAGCAUUGAAAUAGUGACGAAUGCGGGUAAAAGGAAAAGCAUCAUGCAUAUGGGCUGCGUAUCUCCACGCCUGAACUUAUUUAUGCAUACAUGUAUGUAGAUGUACAUUACAUACCAAAAUGCCCAAGAACUCUCUCCACUUACUGUUUCCACACCAAGCCAAAACCAGCAGGAGAGAGUAGAGUACAAUGAGCCUGAUUUGUUACAUACCUGUAAAAAGAGAAGAAAAAAAAAAACUAAAAAAAAAGAAUACCUUGAAAAGUGAAGUUGAAGUCGUUCACCUCAAAAUUCACUUGCCUUGUGUCAUAGCUCGCCCCCUGGAGUCUGACCGCCUCUGCAUGCUCCACUGAGGCUCCCCCACAUUUGAACUUGUCACCCGUGAUGUCAUUGCGGCAGUGUAGCAUCCCAAAUCCAUGACCUGUCACUGGCUCUCCAGCAGAGGCACGUGGAGACAUGCGCUGCCAUAAUGACAUCAUGCUCGCAAUUUGUAGUCUGCAGAAUCAAUGCAAAUCUGGCAUGCCUUUGUACCUGGUGCCAGUGCCUGUCCUGUAAAUGACAAAACAGAAAAAAAACUGCAGAAAAGAAAGUGCGCCUCUUUUAGCCUAAAGUAUAAUGAUUUGUGUAUUUCUUUGUUUAAAGGAGUUACUGUUUUGCAUGAAACAUGUCUUGAAGGAACUGAGUAGGAAGACCAACCACGUGGCAGUCAAAGAGCUGUACAUCUUUUACCUUGUUUUACUUUGAUGGGAUCAAUUCUUAGUGCUGGGGUGGGGGGGCAUGUUUAGAAGCGGUGCUGAAUUUGUGCCAUUCUCUGAGCACACAGCAUGUUGAGUAAAAAUGUGGAAAAAGCAGCCAGACAUGAUUGGAUGUUUCUGAUGGCGUCCUCAGUAGUGCCCCCUCCCCCCCACCUACUCCCACAAUCUUAAAACACACUGGUCAGAUCAAAGGUCAAGACUUGGGGUAACAAGGUCAAAUGAAAGACAGAAGUUCAAAUUGUUCGGAGUCAUAAUUACUAUCAGGGUUGGGCAUUUGAGGUCCAGAAACAACAAACCUAGACCAAGAUUUUGUUUCUUCCAACCAGUUAAGCAUGAAGUCACAGUCACAGAGCACUCAGCUGGUUGGUAGAAAUAAAAUCUUGGUCUGGGUUUGUAGUUUCUGGACCUGAAAUGCCCAACACUGAUUACUAUUAUAUGGGCAUGACGUAAUUGCGGUAAAUGUGGUAUUUUGCAUAUUAGGUUACUUGUGACUUUGAACUUAAAAGCAUUGCAAUUUUUCCAGCUGUUAUUUUACAAUCAAACGGGUGAAGUCUAGGGACAGACGGUGAGAGAGAAAUCAGCAGCAUGUGUAAUGGAAUCGAAGUGUGAGGUCGCUGUGAGCUUGGGCAUGCCGCCAUAUUGCAGGUUGGAGUUCAUCUUCUCACUCCAGCACAUAUCCCAAUGGCCGAUAUGCUUCACUAUGAAUACACCAUAGAAGCACACAAAGUCAAGAACCAGAAAUGGCAGAAACUGGAUGAGGUCACUUCAGUAGGCCCUGGGAUGACUACCGUAACCAUAAAAAGGUUCUUAAAGACCCACAAAGUGCACCAUAAAGUUCUUCAUUCUGAGAGUUCUUUGAUCCUGCCCAACUUGAAUUGCUGAAAUGAUUGAUCACAGCAAAGGAGGAACUGGAAUGUUAGCUAGUAUCUGGCGUAGAUACACAUGUAGGCAGAUUCUAAGAUGUUUGGUAUAUGAUAGGAUUUAUCUGUCAAUAGAGGGCUUUAUGAUUUGGUACAUGGAUUUUGAAUGUUUUUUCUUUUUGUAUAUUUUUGUUCAGAAGUUUCACUUGAGGCCUGUACAUGGAUGGAAAUCAGCUGUUUAAGAAUCACAGUGAAAUGUCCAGGAGUGCACCUUUGGGUACUGAGCAGGAUGGCCGUAGCCAACUAAUAGCACACUGCUCCAGGAAAGCACAUCUUGACUGAAUCCCCCAGCCCCAGUUUAAAGAAUAUUGAUUCAACAAUAUUAACAGCACAAUUGUCUUUACCAACCGGUAUCUCAUACUGGGUCUGUUCAACUGUGAAGCUGUAGAGCUGGCAGACUUGAAUGUAAGUGGCAAGCAGUACUGUAUGAAUAUGAUCUAGGUAUCUGAAAGAAAUGCAAAAUGGUAUAUAUUUUUUUCUUUUUUGUGACCAAUCCGCUGUCUUAAAGAAUUCAUCCUUGCUGAAUGAGUUGAUGGGUUGUUUGUGAUGGCCAGAGCUUUGCACGGCUGAGGGUCUGAGUUGUCGGUGUGUCACGUUCCCUGAUAGAUGGUCAUGUGACAGGAAGUUUGCACCUCAGGUGUUGUCCUCCGGUGCUAAUGACCUCUGACCCUCUCAGGGUAAGAAGCGAGCCAAUUUGGAUGAAUACCUUGCCAACAUGGCACCCAGUCAGGGAUAAAUCUGCAUGCUGUAUUCCUUGGGCACUGGAAUGAACCACUGGCUUGAGAUCCAGUGGAUUUGGCUUAUAUUUAAAAGUUUUAGCAUCGUAGCUACAUGCAGAGACAGGUGUGGGCUUUCCCGGCCUCACUGUAGUGUCACUGCUGCUCAUCCGGAGGAGUCAGUCAGAGCUCUGACCAGGCCUAUGUUCAUGCCAUGAUGAAAGCUCCCAGCUCAUGUAUGACCCGUGUGUUCUAGUCUCUUUGUGCUCAGCCUGCCAGCACCUGCAUGUAUCAGUGUGUGGUCAGAGUGAGAGACUAUAGCAGUGUUUCUCAAGCCAGUCCUUGGGGACCCCAAACAGUCCACAUUUUUGCUCCCUCCCAGCCCCCAAGAUACACAUUCCUGGUAUAUGGUGUUUUUGACUGUGUAGGGGGUUCACAAGGAGUGGGUUGAGAAACACUGCUCUACAGAGCAUGUCUCUUUCCUCUCUGAGUAGGAUGCGAAGUCAUUCAUGGUCAGGAGCACUAGUAGGGCAUGGGUCUUUGACUUUUGGACAAAUGUUUCAGGUGAUGCCCUGGUAGCAGCAGUUGGCACCAGGGCGGACUGAGCUGAAAAUGACGGGUUACACCUGACACCCCUCGCUGUGGCCGUACAGUCACAAGCAUGACUGCUAGGUUAGCUGACAAGCAGCCCUUCAGAACAUCUGUGCAAAAUCAUUUUGGGUAUAUCAGGGUCACAUGACCCUGACUGAAAUCUGCUCCUGACCUGGUCACUAAAAGGCUGAGGAUGACGGGGGUGAAGAUGAGGACCUUCUGGUGGCUAUGAGUUUGUGAUAAUUGCAUUCCAUCGCAGGUGCUGGAGGCUGGUGGCUGCACAUCAAUGUUACAGUAUGCACACAUGCAUGGACACUACUGCUACACUCUGGUUGUUUAUCCAGAACCUCUUCCUCUUGGUGUUUGAGCAUGAGAAGCUGGGCCAGAAGUUGGUGGUGUUGUGCUGUUGAGAAGAAUAAGAGCAUUAGGAAGAGCGUCCUGAGUCUACCUUUCUGUAACGAUGGCCAUCAUGUUCUUCACUGAGUUGACUGCAUGUAUAUAGCUGUAUUCAGUACUUAUGUUUAGUUGAGAAGCUCUAUUAUCGCUGAUGAUUUUUUUUCAUGUGGCUUUAAUGCGACGUUUCCUGGUCAGUCCCUGUCGCAGCCUCCGGGGGGGUGGAGGGGGAAGAGGAAACACAAAACCGGAUUGCCUCCUGCGUUUUGUGGCCAAAGACUCGUCCGUUUGUAGCUACCGAGGACACAGAGCGGGCUUGUGGCACAGCCGUUUGUAGCUGCCGAGGACACAGAGCGGGCUUGUGGCACAGCCGUUUGUAGCUGCCGAGGACACAGACCGGGCUUGUGGCACAGCCGUUUGUAGCUGCCAAGGACACAGACCGGGCUUGUGGCACAGCCGUUUGUUUCUCCUGUGUUUUACCGCCUUCGCUGAUGACGCAGUGUGACCUGCACGUAUAUGAACACCACACGCUGUACAGAGAAACGUGUUCUUUUAGCGUUAUGGAGAGUUAUCAUUUGCCAAAAGGCUUGUUUUAUAGGUUGUGCAUGUUUUACCAGUGCUUAUAUUUAAAAGGAUUUCUUUGGAAGGUCAUCCCACUCCAAAUGCCGUCUUACCUAGCAAUAAAAAAGAAACCACAAA